AAUCCACAUGAUCUUAUUCAUCAUCAAACACGACAAUUGAUGCGUGAAUUCUUUGAAACUAUAUCAAAUUGUUCACAUCUUUCAUAUUAUGCUAUAAUUCUUGAUCCUUUGAUUAAUGGAACUAUACCUGAAGAUGAUCCUGACAUGUUUUGGGGUUUUGUGGACACUACUGAUGAGAAACUCAUCAAACAUGAUGUGGAACAUAAAAAUAUGAACUCUACAAUAAUUCCACAUGCAAAGAAAGAUAGUGGUUUUGGUGGUUGGACUUAUUUUGAUAGUCGUGAUAAUCUUCAAUUUAGUCGUGAUCAUCAAUCUGAUUUAUCCCUCUCGGUUCAACAAGUUAAUAAUCGUACGAGCAGUCAGCCUCUUCAAAAAUCUUCGUUAAUAAUUGUCCCUGAUGGCUCUAUAGGAAGGCCUAUGAGUCAAUUAACUUUUGAUGAGUUACCCGAAAAGGCGAUCGCCAAUGAGUUGACUUACCAAGAAUUUCAGCUAUUUAAAAAAAUUUCUGGUAGAGAUUUGUUGAGACAUAUUUGGACACCACAAGGAAGCAUCCAACGUGGGAAUGGACGUGUUGCAAAGUCCAUUCAACACUUUAAUUUUAUUUCCAAUUGGGUCUCAACAAUGAUACUAUCACAAGAAAAAUUGAAAAAUCGAGCGGCCAUGCUCAAAAAGUUUAUGAAAAUUGCAGUGAUCGUACGUGAAUCAAAUAAUUACAAUACAUUAAUGGCCAUAAUCGCUGCAAUAAAUUCUUCUCCCAUUACGCGCCUUCGUAGAACACGUGAACUUUUAAAAGGCAAAUCUUAUUAUAAAAAGUUCCAUAAUUUGGAGGUUUUAAUGUCCACUGAUAAGUCGUUUGGAAAUUAUCGUUUGGCGUUGAAAGCUCCGUCACGUGGACACGACGAACAGAAAGGAAUACCUUAUUU